AUGGACUGCGUGGCAUGCGUCAGAUCCCACACCGACCUGGUGCCCGAGAUCGCCAUCGUCCUGGGCUCCGGCCUGGGCGCGAUCGCGGACGAGCUGGAUGAGGCCGUGGCCAUCCCCUACCGCGAAAUCCCCCACUUCCACGCGCCUGGCGUCGUGGGCCACCCGGGCCGCCUGGUGCUGGGCUACCUGCAGGGCGUCCCCGCGCUCGUGCUGCAGGGCCGUUUCCAUUACUACGAGGGCCAUCCCAUGGACGAGGUCAUCCUGCCGAUCCGCAUGGCCAAGUACCUUGGCUGUCACUCCGCCAUCAUCACCAACGCGGCCGGCGGCCUCAACCCCGGCUUCAGCGCGGGGGACCUCAUGCUAAUCGAGGACCACAUCAACAUGAUCGGCUCCAACCCCCUCCGCGGCCCCAACCCCCCCGAGCUGGGGGGCCCCCGCUUCCUCGACCUGUCAGAGCCCUACGACGCCUCAUACAGCUCCACCCUGGCCCGCUGCGCCCACGACCUGGGGCUGCCGCCCCUGAGGCGGGGCGUGUAUGUGGGCGUGAGCGGCCCCACCUACGAGACGCGCGCGGAGGUCAGGAUGUUCAGGGUCAUCGCGGCGCGCCACCUGGGUGUGCGCGUGGUGGCGGUGUCGUGCAUUACCAACAUGGCCUGCGGCCUGGUGGAGGGCAAGGUGAGUCAUGAUGAUGUCAUGGAACAGGGUGCCGCUGCGGCCUCAAACAUGAGGCGCCUCAUGGUCGCGGCAGUGCCCCGCAUCUCUGCAAUGGCCACCGAGCGUGCGGCCGCCUCACGCCGCUGA